GGAUGACUAAGGAUAACUAGGGAUGGCUAAGAUUGUGAUUUGCAUAUGUGAACUCUCUUUCCUUUGUUUUGCAAAGCAGAACAUAGUCUCAAAAAUGGUGAGAAAAAUCCCUGUUUUUUUCAUGCAUCAUUUGAUAUCAUUUUAAUUUAAGGCUUUGGAUCGUUAAAUCGAUAUUCAACGAGUGCAAAUAUAUCAAUUUUAGACUAAAUAGAGCAAAACUUUUAGCAUUAUUUAUCGCUUUGUGAUAGCUAUAUUUCGAGUUAAAUUUAGACCAUUCAGUUCCAAGGGACACGUCAACUUGUUAUAAGAUUAAAGGCAUAGAUUUUAAUGCAGUAGUAAUAUCUGUUUUAAAUAGUGAAUUUGCAACGAUCUAACCAGUUGCUGUUUAUUUUUAUACAUAAUUUUAAAGUAUACUUUUAUUAUUUUAUGCAUCAACAAAUUGCUACAAAUAUAUAAUUGUUGCAAAAUAGUUCGGAUAGCGCUUUAUGGAACUACGUCCUAUAAGGAACCUCUUUAAUUUUGCACAAAUUUGCUUGCUUUGAAUGAAAACUAUAUAUUUACAAUGUAUUAAUUAUAUUGUAUUAAUAUUGUUAACUUCAACUCCUUCAAGCAAAUUCAGGAAAUUAUGUCUAUUAAUCCACAAAUUGAUUGUCUCGAUUGUCUAGGAGAUCCAAAUGAGCAGAUAUGUCAGUCCAGUCAAUCCAGCUGUAUUUCCACACCUUACGUUGGUUCUUAUGUCCAUAGGAUUGUUCUUUACAGCUUGGUUUUUUGUGUAUCCUUUAAUGACAAUGCUGUUUGGAUGAAUGUAACCCAUUGAAUGGCCACACUCUCCCCUUGACGAGUAAAAUCAUCUGGCAUUAGACAGAGUAAAGUUAUAAAGUAGGGCACAUCAGGGUGCUUUGCAACUUAAAGGGUUAAGCUGCAAUACGAUCAAUGCACCCUACUUUAUUUUUAUUUUACUCGGUCUAACUUUGGAUUAUUGAAAGCUACUAUCUUUCCCUUAACUUUUUGAUCAGCUAUGAGGUGACGUCAAGUAAAUUCACAAGAGAUAUCUACAAAGAAUUACUUGUAGCUUUAGUGGCAUCGUUAUUUCUAGGUUUUGGAAUUCUAUUCCUUCUCUUAUGGGUUGGAAUCUACGUCUAACGAAUCUCGUCAAAUACGAUUUUUAAAACAAUGUGCAGUUACCUCGCAGUUGUAGAAAUCUGGACAGUUGUUAUCUAGCACUGGCGUUCAAUGCAGACUCUUUGUAAAAAUAAAUUAAAAUGUAGAAAUAAAGUAUUAAAAUGGAA